GUCCGUCGCAUGCUGUUGCACACUUGCUGUGAUGCAACUACGGUAUGAACUGCCCUGUGAUGACCCCGACUGUCGUCAGAGGAGGAGGAUGUCCCCGAGCUCCUCACACUGAGUCACAGCAGGCGAAAUACCUCUGAAACGUCAAGUCACAUCUAAAAAGGUGGAGGCACAUGCAUGAAUUUGAAUUUGUAAUUUCGGGCAAAUCGGCAGCUGCGCGCAGCCUUGACCUCCUGAGUCACCUCUUCGUGUUUCACAACGUUCUGUCAGCUUGCAUGCCGCAGCACUUUUACGAUGCUCCCACCACAACACAGGAUCAAACAGUUCAAAGUCCCCGCGGCCGCUGAGUGAGGAGUCAAGAAAGAGGCUGAUCCGCAGACCGUCGCUGCGUUCACGCGCCGCUGAACCCAAGUCGGGCAGGUGGAUCCUUCCGUCUGCUGGAAGUGAUGAGGUUCUCUGAUCCACGGGCACGAGACUGACUCAAGUUCAAUCACAAGCUGCGGCGACAAAGCGCUGUGUCACGCGACGUACCGUAAAGUGAUCCGCUCACCUGGCGCGGCGGCGGCGGCGACACACCUGCGUGCGGUCGGCACCGAGACUGGGAGGCACCGCCACAACAAAACCGUCCAGGCUCCCAGUGUGGUGGUAACCCUCAGCUGAAAUAGGGCCCGUGCAGGGUGGAGGCAGCAGGCUGCAGCCAGGACCCGUCAGACUGCUCUCAGCUCCUCAGUGGGACCGGGGAACCUGAGCGCAGGCUGCAGGAGGGCGUGAGCGAGCCUAGACCAAACACGGGCCACAAGGACGGCUCUGCCACCGACCUGGGAGACACUUCUGGCUCCUGAGUCAGGGAGAGUGCAGCUGUGUGUAGGAACACGGGUUAAAACACUCACUACCGUGUCUUUUUAGAAACCCACAAUGGAUAAGGAUGCUUUCAAGGACUAUGAGUACCCAGAUCUGGAGCCUCUACCACCCAAAAUCGAACCAGAAAUAAUCUUGCCAUGUGACCCCACGGCUGACGACAAGCUCUACCACAUAUGCAUCACUGCAAUAUCUCUCGUCGUCAUGCUGAUCCUAGCGGUCCUAGCGAGGCGCACUAAGGACGGCCCGCGGCAGAAAGGACUCCCAGGUUUACUCAGUCCAGUCAACUUCCUGGACCAUACGCAGCACAAGGGCCUGGCGGUGGCUGUGUUUGGAGUGCUCUUGUGCAAACUGUGGGGCCUGGUCCUGUUGCCAAACCCCCUCCCGUUCACGACAGACUCCCAGAAUAAACAGAACUGGCUGCUCCUGGGAGUCUUCUACUACCCCGCGCUAUACUACCCUCUCCUGGCAUGCGGUACAUUACAUAAUAAAGUUGGCUACGUCCUCGGAAGCCUCCUGUCGUGGACACACUUUGGCGUCCUGGUGUGGCAGAAAAUCGACUGUCCCAAAACGCCUCUGAUACACAAGCACUUCUCCCUGUUCUCCAGCCUGCCCCAGAUAGCCUGCCUGGCAUUCCUCAGCUUCCAGUAUCCCCUUCUUCUGUUCAAGGGCUUGAAGGGCAGUGAAAAGAACAACGCCACAGAGGAUCUAAGCAGCAGCUACUAUAAAGACUAUGUGAAGGAAAUACUCAAGAAGAAGCCAAACAAAAUCAGCACAUCGAGCACAGAGACGCCCAGGCUCCAUCAAAGAAUAAUUGAUGCAGUGAAGUUAUAUAUUUAUACACCAGAAGAUGCUUUCCGUUUCCCACUGAAGCUGGCGACCUCGGCCGUGGUGUCCUUCAUCACUCUGUAUCAGAUGGGCCUCCUCCUGAUCCUCGCCGUGGUGCCGACCCUCCAGACCGCCCGCCGGGGGGUCAACGAGGACGUGGGCCGACUCUUGACCAGCGUGAAGAUAACGCUGUCUCCUGACAAGCACGAGGUGGUCCGAAUCGUGAUGUACUACAUCUGGUGUGUGGAAGUGUGCUACAUCUGUGCCAUGACCCUGUCCACCCUGGUCAACCUGGCCAUGCUCAUGAGGUCCAUGGUUCAGCAUCGCUCAAACCUGAAGGGGCUGUACAGAGGGGACAUCUAUAAUGUUUACAACUGCCAGAGGAACAUCAGAGCUUCGCGGCCGGCGCUGGUCUGCUGGAUGGGCUACACCAGCUUCACAGCGGCUCACAUCUGUAUCGGCAUGAUCAUCCAGACCCUGGUGUUCUUCCUCUGCCUGCUCAUCGUCGUCUUCCUCGUGAUCAUACCUGUGCUGCACCAACAGAACCUAAUUCUGUUCCAGUUUCUGUGGAGCAUGUGGCCCUUCUGGCUGAUGAUUCUCUUGGCCGUGUUGAUUCAACACGUCACCGCCAGGUUUUGCUUCAUCAAAAAAACGGCAGGCACGCGGGACUUGAACAACAGGGGAAACCUCUUCCUGCUGACGUACCUGCUGUUUCCGGUCAAUGUUCUGAUCGGGGUGCUGCUUGCGCUCUGGCGCAUGAUCAUCACUGCCCUGUUUAACAUUGUUCACAUGGGACGCAUGGACAUCAGUCUGCUUAACCGCAGCGUGGAGGCCUUUGACCCUGCCUACCGCUGCUACGCUCAUUAUCUGAAGAUUGAGGUGAACCAGUCGCAUCCUGUUAUGAAGGCCUUCUGUGGGAUCCUGCUGCAGUCUGUGGGCCAGGGAAGCAACGCUGGGCAGAGGUCGCAGGAUGCUGAAGAGGGCAUCCAGCUCGUCCAGCAGGAGAAGAAGCAGCACAAGGUGUCCAGCGCUAAGAGGGCGUACGGGCACUGGCAGCUCCUCUACACCCUGGUCAACAACCCCUCGCUGGUGAGCACCAGGAAGCACUUCAAGCGACAGCCGGCGGGGAGCUUCGUGAACGGAAGCCUCAACCGCAACACCAAGGAGGGGAGCAAAAAGGAGGCAGAGGCUGCAGCCAGCAACUGAGGAGGAGCCGGAGCCCCACGGAAGCCUCUUUUGGUCCUGGGCGAAAUUUACAGACAUAUUGUUUGCCCAGAUGCUCUAGUACUGUUUGUAGUACUGCCUUUUGGUAUAAUAAGUUCACACAUAGGUUCGUGCAUCAUGUAGAAAUAUUGACCAAGCCCAGAGACUGUGUGUCGUCUUUGUCUCUAUUUAGACCAGAGCUGCACUCUCCUCUGGUAGAAACCACCUGUGUGGCACUAUUCUCUCAUCUAAGCACAUUCGUGUGAUUUACAAACAUGAGUUAUUUAUGUGCUUAUCGUGGGAUUGCCAUUAUUUGCAUUAUGAUUCAAGCUGUAGCGUAAUCACGUCUGAAUAUGUGUGAAAUAGUGCAAACAUUGAGCACUGACAAAACACACGAUUACAAAAUCCACUCAAGCAUCGCUUUAAAGACGUAUUUAUAUGUAGAAUAUUUACUAUUUAUAAAUUGUCAAAUGAACAGUUUUAAUAGACGGGAUACAAAAUGUAAUUGCCAAUAACCUGUAGAAAAGGAUCUAACAGGCAAAUAAACCACUUGCUGCUACGAGCGUUUCCUUAUGAACGUCUAAGCGUCCGCAUUCACAUUUUAAAACUAGAUAAAUAAAAUAUGCACAACGAUUUAACGAUACUGCGAAAAUAAAACGAAAAUAAACGUUCUUCUAAAAUUAUUUAGAUUCUUUAGUCGAUAUCAUUUAAGAACGGAUUUUAGGAUCCAAACCUUUGACAAAUAAAAUACUUCUUAGAUCCUCUUUUGUUAGAAUUUGCGUCGGAACAUGAGAAACGGAGAAAAAAGACACUCAAAUAACCGUCGAAACAUUCCUGAAACGUAAAUUAUAGAGUGUUGAUUUUAUUUUUUAGUAUUUUGAUAUUUUCCUGCAGCACAAUAGUCUCGGAUGAGUAACGAAUCGAGGUAGGAGCCUGUAUAGUUUCACAUGUUUUAUUAAUUACACUUACAUAAAAUGAUAUCAAAAAAUCCUUAACGGCCACUGGGUUUCUCGUUUCGUUUUACAACAAAGUUCACAAAAACUCACUAUGCAUCAAAUUACAGGACAGUGAAGCCGCCAGACGCUCGCGCGCGCCUUUAGCGUCGAGGCUCCGAUUAAAACUGACCGUCGUAAAAAAGAAACAAAGGAUAAUUUCAGUUCACACGGCUUCACAUCACAGGCUGACAGUAACAUCUACAGUCCUAGAGACUACACUAAACCCACACAAGGAAAUACGUGUGACAUGCCACGGACAGUUCCUUGGUAAAAAGCGAAGUACACAGCAAGCACCCGUUGAUUAAGAGGUUAACGUCGCACACUUUUAAAGCCUUACACAACGUGAAACAACAUUUUGUUGGUAAAUAACCGGACGGGUCCCGUCAAGCACAGCACAACUGAAGGUGACAUUUCCUUCCUGGACUCGCAGCGCAGCGCAGCGCACAGGGCGCCGGAGCGCGCGCGCGCGCGCUGCCGGGCAGGCGCGCCGCAAAUCUGCGUCUCAAUUCUCGCCUCGUUUCCUCAAAUACAACCACCCAAAUGCGGACGUGUCAAGUGUGUGCACCUGAGAAAAUAACAAUUCGCCCCGUGUGAUGUUUCUUUUUCUCGUGCAGACGUUCCCUGACACCGGUUUUUAAAACGUUUU